AAUAACAAAUAAAUUGUAAAAAAGCAUUCACUUUUAACUUGACAAACUACACUACACUACUUUCUUCAUUAGAAAACAAUCUAAUUCAUAGAUACGUAUUCAUAUUAUUAAAAGAAUUUCAUUAUUCAUGGGUCGUACUGAUACAUUUGAAGGUAGAUUAGAACGUAAACAACAUUUAAUUGCUGAUAAAAUUCGUUUAACUACAUAUCCAUUUAUUAGAGCAUGUUUAGCCGAAUUUUGUGGUACUGCAAUAUUAUUAAUAUUUGGUACUGGUGUAUUAGCUCAAACAUUUUUAGGUGAUCAUGGUAAACAAGCACAUGGUGGAUUUUUAUCAAUUAGUUUGGGUUGGGGAUUUGCUGUUUAUAUGGGUGUUAUAUUUUCUGGUUGUGGUGGUUCUGGACAUAUUAAUCCAGCUGUUACAUUAGCAUUUUCAUUAAUUGGAAAAUUUCCACUUAGACGUGUACCACUUUAUACUAUUAGUCAAAUUUUAGGAGCUUUUGUUGGCUCUCUUGUUAUAUAUGGUGUUUAUUAUGAGAAAAUUCAUGAAUAUGCUGUAACUCGUGAAAAUGGAAGUUUUAUAGUAAAGACAACAGGUGGUAUAUUUGUAACAAAUCCUGGAGCAUCACAUUUAACAUGUUUCCUUGAUCAAGUUCUUGGUACUGCAUUGUUAGCAGCAGGAGCAUUAGCUAUUACUGAUCGUAAUGGAUGGAAACUUCCAGAUUAUUUACACCCGCUACAUUUAGCCUUUCUAGUUUAUGCUUUGGUUGGAUGUUUUGCAUUGAAUGCUGGAGCUGCAUUAAAUCCAGCUCGUGAUUUAGGACCUCGACUAAUGAUACUGAUGUGUGGUAAGUUUAGUUUUUGUUUUAAUAAUCUGAUUAUCUUGAUGUUCUUAUUAUAAUGAUUACUAAUACUACGUACUAAGAAUCCCAUUAAAAUUACUAUUUACAAAAUGUCUGAGAUAGCAACAGAUAAUUACUGAUUUAACGAAAAACUGACUGGUUAACGGACAAACUAAGCUGAUCAGUGUACGAUCAACAAAUUCACUUUGUAAUUUACUACAAGAUAUACAGAGGAAUGUGAAAUGUGGAAUGGUAGUUGAGAAUAGAGAAAAGCACAAGUAUCAAUCACAUAUCGAUUCAGUGUAUCAGAAAGUGACAGAAAUCGAUGUUGGGGUGGUUCAGCAUUUACUUCAGGGAAUUAUUUCUUUUGGGUACCUAUAUUAGGUCCAUAUAUUGGUGCAGUGAUAGGGGCAAUUCUUUAUGAAUUAACAAUUGGUAUACACCUUGAUCGUAAAUCAUUAUCAUCUUCACCACCGCAAACAAUUACACCAUCUGGAGAGCAAAGAUUUGAUCUUGAUUCACCUGGAAAGUCUGGUACUCAUUUAUUAACUCGGGGAUUAUAAUAUAUAAUGAAGUGUCUACAUGAAACUAAUCGAUACUAUGCUACAUUGUAAUUGACCUGUUUCUCCUUGAUUCUAAUUGAUAUCAAUCUAAUUCUGAUUGAAAUUGAUAUUCUUAUUAUAUUUGUGUAUGUGUACCAUUUGGUUGUUUAAAGUUGUUCUUUUUUAUGUGUUAAUAUAGUCUCUCUACUCCAUCAACCCUUGUUUGAAGUGCUUUUCACCAUAUUCAAUCCUUAUUUUUUAUUACAGAAACAUUUUCCCCUAUGAAUACUUUUCAGCUUUAAUGUAUACAGUUCUUUACUAGUGGAAGCCGAUCGAAUAAAAAGGCUAUCACUAUCUUCUCUUCGUUCUAUUUCAUCUUCAAUUUAGCCUGAGAAAAAAAACACCCACCUUACCCUUACUGAUCUGUUUGUUCGAUACCCAUUUAACGAAUGUGAUAGUCUUGUGUUUCCCUUUUUUUUUUGUAGAACACUAUUUUGAACAUUAUCUCACCCUUCAUUGAUAUAUUCGAAGUAAUAUGUGCACACUUUUCUUCAUUUAAAAAACACUACAAUUAGUUUACUUGUUUUGUUUUCAUGAGAAAGAAUACUGCACUCUGAAAAAAAUUGAUGUUUACACAUAGAAUUUCUAUGUUCAACAAGAAUAAUGAUAAAAGAAAAGAAUCUUCCCAUGGUUACUAAAUACAUCAUUAACAUUAAUUGAUAUACAUAUGUAUUUGUCUUUUCUAAUCACAGUAAUAAUAAUAAUAAUAAUGACAAAUUGCAUGGGAACACUUUAGAUGGUUACAAGAAUAAUACUACUAAUUAAAUAAGUUUAUUUAUUUAUUUUCGCUUUACCCAUCCCCCCCUGUUUUGUUUUUAGUUUAACAAUAAAACAAGUUCACAUUAGUGUUUACCUACAGUAUUCUUUAAAAGAAAAUAUAUGUACUUUUUUUGCUUUGGAUACCUUAUUCAUGCCUGUCCAAUAAAUAAUUGAUCUUUUUUUUGAACUGACAAAAAGGUAACACUUGUGUUAUUGAUA